AGCGGGCACUCAGCGCAGGGGGCAGUUUGGAGGGGCAGGAGCGGAGGGCUGGAGCGCAGGGCUGGAGCGCGCGCGCGGGCAGACAUGGAGAGGGGAGCACGCGCCGGGGAGGCUCGCGGCUCCGUCCCACCGAUGCUGAGCGCGCGCCACAGAGAGUGAGAUGAUCCUGAAUGGAAGCCACGGGAACGGCUCGGCGCUCGAGCAGCGGCCGCCCUGGGUGGCCACCACGCUGGGCUGCUUCCUCAUCUUCACCGUCGUGGUGGACAUCCUGGGGAACCUGCUGGUCAUUUUCUCCGUGUACCGCAACAAGAAGCUCCGGAACGCAGGCAAUAUCUUCGUAGUGAGCCUAGCUGUGGCUGACCUGGUGGUGGCGCUCUACCCGUAUCCUCUAGUGCUGACGGCCAUCUUCCACCGGGGCUGGAACCUGGGCUCGACGCACUGCCAGAUCAGCGGCUUCCUGAUGGGCGUCAGCGUGGUGGGAUCCAUCUUCAACAUCACUGGCAUCGCCGUCAACCGCUACUGCUACAUCUGCCACAGCCUCAAGUACGACAAGCUGUUCAGCGACAAGAACUCUGCGUGCUACGUUCUCCUGAUCUGGGCGCUGACCGUGCUGGCCAUAAUCCCCAACCUGUUUGUGGGGUCACUGCAGUACGACGCCCGUGUCUACUCGUGCACGUUCGAGCAGUCGGCCAGCUCGGCCUACACCAUCGCCGUGGUCUUCUUCCACUUCAUCCUGCCCAUCAUGGUGGUCACCUACUGCUACCUACGCAUCUGGGUGCUGGUCAUACAAGUGAGGCGGCGGGUCAAGCCGGAUAACAGGCCCAAGCUGACGCCGCACGACGUGCGCAACUUCGUCACCAUGUUCGUGGUCUUCGUGUUGUUCGCUGUGUGUUGGGCGCCGCUGAACUUCAUUGGCCUGGCGGUUGCCGUGGCGCCCGAGCGCUUAGCGCCGCUCAUCCCCGAGUGGCUGUUCGUGGCCAGCUACUUCAUGGCGUACUUCAACAGCUGCCUCAACGCCAUCGUGUAUGGCGUGCUUAACCAGAACUUCCGCCGCGAGUACAAGCGCAUUGUGGUGUCCGUGUGCACCGCCCGGAUCUUCUUCCCCGAGAGUUCCAACGAGGCACAGGAGAGGCUCAAGAGUAAGCCAUCCCCACUGAUGACCAAUAACAACCAGGUCAAAGUGGACUCUGUGUGAGGCACCCUAGGCUGGCUUUAUGUGGUGAAACUCUCACACCACUGGUUGCAGCUCAACCCGCUCACAUUGGCCAACACAGGGCACAUUUUCUCGACGUAUGCAACACAGUAUAUCAUCUUUCUGUGAUUUGUUAAGUUGGAACAAACAGAAAAUAAUCGAAUACUGUGAGUUUUAUUUUUUAUUAUUAUUAUUUUUAAUGUACUGCUCUGUACUAAAACCAAUUGAACAGUAUUCUUUACAUGCUCUUUAAAUGAAACAUGCAGGUAGUAUUCUUUAAGUACUGAUGUCCAUGAUAUGCUCAGAAAAUGAUAUUGGGGCAUGACGUGAUAAAGUUUAUGAUAACAGUAAAUAUCACCAAAUUUCCUACGCCUGCAUUGUUCCACUAGAUUAGUAGCUUUCAGCAAGCAAGCAAAAUUUAUUUCUAUAGCGCUUCUUACAACAGGUCACAAAGCAGCUUUACAGAACGAACAGUAUUACAGAGAGAAGAGAAAAGAAAAGAAAAGCCAGGUCCGAGCCCCCAUGAGCGGCGGCAACGGUGGCAAAGAAA